AUGGGUAACAGUAAUGUUCGUAGGCAAGGAUCAAAUCUCGCUAAUUAUGGUAUGGAAUAUGAUCCUUAUUACAACUAUGGAGACAUUGAAAAUUAUGGUUCAGCUUAUCAACCUACAGGAGGAGCAUAUCCAUUUGGUUAUAGUAUCACCGAUGGACCAUUCAUUACAACAAUGAAACCUCCACUAGGCAGCUUAGGUGCAUACGGUAGUACGUAUUCAGCAGGUUUCAAUCCAAUGCUUCAACCUGGUCUUAAUGGACCUAAAGUCCGUGUAAUUUAUGUCCCUAAUAAUGUAUUAAGUGCACUACAAAAUGUACUUCCACAAGGUGGAGGCGUUGUAAGUCCGAUGAUGGGCGGAGGCGGUGUAAGUCCGAUGAUGGGUGGAGGCGGUAUAAGUCCGAUGAUGGGUGGAGGCGGUUUAAGUCCAAUGAUGGGUGGACUAGGUUCCUUUAAUUCUGGAAUAAAUGGUUUAGGAGGAUAUGGUGUUCCGCAAAUGAUGCCACAAAUGCCAAUGUCUCCAAUGCUAUCGCCUCCAAUGGGACCUAACUGUUGUUCUUUAUCGGUUCAAUUACCAUCUGCAUCUUCACAGUUUCCUUAUCCUGCUCCUCCUCCAAUGAUUCAACCAAUGAGUUCUCAAAUGUCUAUGCCUUAUUCAUCAAUGAUGCCGCAAAUGCCAGUUUCACAACCAUUACCCGGUCCGUCAUAUAUGCCUCAAAUGCCUAUGGGACCACCUCCAAUGCCUUAUCCAUCUAUGAUGCCUCAAGCACCCAGUGCACCGUUUCCAAUGCCAUAUCCCCAAAUGAUGCCACAAAUUCCAAUCGGUCCAUCACCAAUGUUUUCUCCGCCUGGUAUACCUCAAAUACCAUUUUCAUCUCCCAUGCCAAUUAUAUCUCAACAAAUACCAAUGACGUAUGCUCAGAAUAUACCUCCAAUGAUACCACAACAAAUGCCGUAUUCACCACAAUUUCAAGCUGCACCACAACAACAAAUCAAUUUUUCAGGUGUUCCUGGUGGUUAUGGUGGAGCUCCAUUAUAUGGAACUACAGGUUUCAAUCAAGGAAUGCCACCGUUUGGAGCUCUCAACAGCUUUAAUGGAUUAUCAAGUUUUGGUGGUAAUAUAAUGGGAAGUACAAGUGGACUUAGUCAGUCAGGUGGUCUUCCAGGAUAUGGUAGUUUUAGUCAAUCACCUUAUGGUUACAGCAGUCCACCAGGAUUUAAUACUUACGGUCAGCAACCGUUCGGAGGAUCUGGUCAACCUGGUAUUGCAGCAUAUGGACAACAACCAUAUGGUGGCUUCGGUCAAUCAGGUUAUGGUGGCUAUGGACAACAACCAUUUGGUGGCUUCGGUCAAUCAGGUUAUGGUGGCUAUGGACAACAACCAUUUGGUGGUUUCAGUCAAUCAGGUUAUGGUGGCUUUGGACAACAACCUUUUGCUGGUGUUAAUCAAGGAGGCUAUGGACAACAACAACAACCUUUAGGUGGUUUUAGUCAACCAGGCAUUGGUGCCUAUGCUCAACAACCUUAUAGCGUGUAUGGACAGCAACCAUCAGGUGGUUAUGUUCAGCCCGGAUUCGGAGGAAUUGGUCAACAACCUUACGGUAGUUUUAAUCAACCAGGUUUAGGUGCCUAUAUUCAACAACCUUUCGGUGCAUAUAGUCAACAACCAUCCGGUGGAUUUGGUCAACCUGGCCUUGCAUCAUAUGGUACGUCAGGAUUGGGUAGUUACGGUCAACAACCCUUUGGUGCAUAUAGUCCGCAAGUCGUUGCUGUUUUCAAUCCGACGGGACCCAGUGGUUAUAAUCCACAGUCAAUGGGUACCUUUAAUCCACAAGGAUUUGGCGGUUUCCCCCAAGUUCCACAGCAACCUAUUGGUAUGUAUCCACAACAACAACCACCAGUCAACGUCUAUCCACAACAAGCGCCAUUCAACGCCUAUCCACAACAACAACAGCCAUUCAACACCUUUCCACAACAACAACAACAACAGCCAUUCAACGCCUUUCCACAACAACAACAGCCAUUCAACGCCUAUCCGCAACAAGCGCCAUUCAAUGGUUACCAAGGAGCUAACAUAAACCCAGUAGGUGGUCUACCACAAUAUGGUAGUAUGCCUUCGACAGGUGUCUAUCCACCUACUGGCGGUUCCUCUUCAAUAGGUAGCGCACAAUUAACACCAUAUCCAGGCAGUUCUGGACGAGUGAGAAUUAUUUGCUGUGCAUUUCCUGAAUAA